GUCCAGCUGGAUGUGCGAGGGAUAAACGAGGCAAGCACAGCGGCACAGAGGAUGACUCCUGUUUGACGAGGCACAGCCCGGCGAAGAGCAGGAAGCCUUGUGGACCUCCGCCGAGACCCGGGAUCCGCCCAGCCGCCCCAGAGCUGGAGAGCCUGACCCCGCCGCGCCUGUCGCCCCCACUUCGCGGCAUGUUCCCCGAAGAGAGCCGGGGGUCCGGAGGGGUCGCAACAGUGGACUUCCUGGAGGGGACGUAUGACUAUGCCACCCCGACCCCUACCCCGCUCUACAGCCACCCCACUCCGGGCUACUACUCGGCGCCCAUGGACACCCAAGGACCUCCAUCGGACGUCAGCCUUCAGUCGCUGGGCAGCGGGCCCACCAGUCCUCUCGUCUUUGUGCCCACCAGCCCCAGGCUCAGUCCCUUCAUGCACCCCCCCAGCCAUCACUACCUGGAAGCCACUUCAACUCCUGUCUACAGGUCCAGCGAACCGGCCGGCCAGCAGCAGGCCACCAGUGAUGAGCAGUGCGGCACCAGCACGGAGCCUUACGUUGUGGGGGGGUCGGAGGCCGCCGCCGCUGGAGUGUUUGAAAUGGCCAAAGAGACGCGCUUCUGUGCCGUGUGCAGCGACUACGCCUCUGGCUACCACUAUGGGGUGUGGUCCUGUGAGGGAUGCAAGGCCUUCUUUAAGAGGAGCAUCCAAGGCCACAAUGACUACGUGUGCCCUGCAACCAAUCAGUGCACUAUUGACAGGAAUCGAAGGAAGAGCUGCCAAGCGUGCCGACUAAGGAAGUGUUACGAAGUGGGCAUGAUGAAAGGAGGUGUACGCAAGGACCGCGGCCGUGUUUUACGCCGGGACAAGCGGCGCACCGGCACAGCUGAGAAGACCGCCAAAGAGGGGGAGCAUAGAAAAGUGUCCCCCCAGGACGGGAGAAAACUGGGUAGCAGUGCUGGUGGGGGAAGAUCAUCAGUGACAGACAUCCCUUCUGACCAGGUUCAUUUCAAACACAUGAACGGAUUUAUUGUUUACAAUCGUUGCAAAUAUGCUAAUUAUGUUCUGCGUCAUCAGGUGCUACUCCUGUUGCAGGGGGCCGAACCGCCGAUAUUGUGUUGCCGGCAGAAGCUGAGCCGACCUUACACGGAGGUCACCAUGAUGACCCUGCUCACCAGCAUGGCUGACAAGGAGCUGGUCCACAUGAUCGCUUGGGCCAAGAAGCUUCCUGGUUUCCUGCAGCUGUCUCUGCACGACCAGGUUCAGCUGCUGGAGAGCUCCUGGUUGGAGGUGCUGAUGAUCGGCCUCAUCUGGAGGUCCAUCCACUGUCCCGGCAAGCUCAUCUUCGCUCAGGACCUCAUUUUGGACAGGGCUGAAGGAGAUUGUGUUGAAGGCAUGGCUGAGAUCUUUGACAUGCUGCUGGCCACUGCCUCGCGUUUCCGCAUGCUCAGACUCAAGCCUGAGGAGUUUGUCUGCCUCAAAGCAAUCGUCUUGCUCAACUCUGGCGCGUUUGCGUUCUGCACGGGUACGAUGGAGCCGCUCCACGACAGUGUGGCUGUGCAAGGCAUGCUGGACACCAUCACCGACGCCCUCAUACAUCACAUCAGCCAAUCAGGGUGCUCCGUGCAGCAGAAGGCCAGGCGCCAGGCCCAGCUGCUCCUCUUACUGUCUCACAUCAGGCACAUGAGUAACAAAGGCAUGGAGCACCUGUACAGCAUGAAAUGUAAGAACAAAGUGCCACUUUACGACUUGCUGCUGGAGAUGCUGGACGCUCACCGCCUGCACCGUCCGGUCCAAGUGCCUCCCGGUGGAAGCGGUAGCGAUGGCCCCUCUUUCAGUUCUGGAGGCAGCAGCCAAGAAAGCCUCAGCAGAGCCCCUCCAUGUCCAGGCGUCCUGCAAUUCGGAGGGUCCCGCUCCGACUGCGCUGACAUCUUAUGAGAUGGAGCUUAAACGGAACAAAAUAUCAGCGUAGUAGUGGAGGUGAUUUCAUGAUUGAGAUGAUUUAUCCAUUUCUGUGGUUUGUUCAGGCACAAAUCAUCACUUUUGACAUCGCAAGUGCCAGCUUACAUCACAUUGUAGCCAACUGUGAGCUACUCUCAUUCCAAUUAAUGAGCAGCUAUUCUUCAUUUUCCCAUUCAACCAAAGUGCACUUCCUCUUUAAGGGGCUAUUGGGCAUUACUUUCAUCUUUUUUGCAAAAUGUGAUUCAAAGUGUAAUUUAUUUUAGAUUUCAACUGCCAGCUGAGAUCAACAUGUCUGAUGUUGUGCUUUCGUCAUGUUUGGAAACAAUAUGAACUGAUAAGUCAAAUGUUUGUCUUUCUGUCUGCUGUGUUGGUGAUGAAUUAAAAAAAAGUACAGCGUCUAAUCCAUUGGUUCUUAACCUUGUUGGAGGUACCGAACCCCACCAGUUUCAAAUGCGCAUUCACCGAACCCUUCUUUAGUGAAAAAUAAAACAAUUUUUUUUUCAAAUUCAAGACAAAGUUAUAUGUUUUUGGUAACACUUUGGUAUGGGGAACAUAUUCUAAGUAACAAAGACUUAAUUUAGAGUUAUUUGGACACUAGGGGAACAUAUUCUAAGUAAUAAAGACUUAAUUUAGAGUUAUUUGGUUAGGGUUAGAAGGUUAGGGUUAUAAAAAGGCCAUGCCGAAUAAGGCAUUAAUAAGUACUUAAUAAUGACUAGUUAAGAGUCAAUAUGUUACUAAUUUGCAUGUUAAUAUCAACUAAUUAAUGGUGAAUAUGUUCCCCAUACUAAAGUGUUACCUUGUCUUUUUACUGGUGCAUAAAAUGAACCGUUCAUGAACAUCACCUUGUUCAAACAACAAAACUAACACAGUGCAUAAACUAACAACAAAUUACACACAUGCAAAUCAGUCAACUGUUGAUGUAUCCGUAAUACGCCAAUAGGGAGAAGUUUGUAUUUACACGAUGAGUCGGGUGUGUUUUGACCUCCGCCGAACCCCUAGGGUUCGAUCGAACCCAGGUUAAGAACCACUGGUCUAAUCCGAGUCAAAUUGUAUCAUCUGUUAACUUUGAACAUUUGCUUUCCAAAGUAAACUUGUUUUGUAUUAAAUGUACACAGCUCGAAAGACAUGAAGGGAACACUUCGCUCUUAAUGAAUUAAAUAUUCCAAUUGAAAUCUGUUUCUUUCUUGGUGGAACAAAAUAGGAAUGAUCAAUGGAAAAAAGUAACUCAUGGUGGUCUGGAGUC